GCUCAGGCUAGUUACGCGGGUCCCCGUCCCGGCUUGCUAGUAUCUUACUGGCGCUAGCUGUCUUCACAUAACUCGGCGCCGGGCAGUCUCCUCACGGCGUACAGCUGCGUUGCGAACACUGCAGUACGCAUCCAGCCGUGGACACGGCACGCCUGCGCUGCAAACUACUGCUGGCAGAGCCAGCGCUCCUCGCCUUUCAGUCCACGUGAAACUAUUUCCACGAGCCUUGAGGGGCCCACCACGCGCAGCGCUAAGCUAACGCCGCCGACGCGACGCACAGCGCUAAACGACGCCACCGAAGCGCCGCACAGCACUAAGCAACGCCGCCGACGUGCCGCGCAACACUAAGCAAGCGCCGCCGACGCGACGCGAGGCGCGCACCACUCACCAGGAUGGCGCCCCGCCCCCCGCCGAAGCGCUCCGGCCUCGACAAGAAGCGGCCCGGCCUCGACGACAUGACGCUACUCACCAAACCAACGCCGCAAGGAAUUAGAGACAACCUCAAAGAGCGGUUAGAAGCCGAGUGCAUCUAUACUUAUAUAGGCAACGUCCUCGUAGCGGCGAAUCCCUUCACGUGGCUGCAAAUCUACUCCUCCGAAGACGCCAAACGGUACAUGAGACAGUCGAGGCUAGACGUGCCCCCCCACGUGUUUGCGGUGGCCGAAGCCGCCUUCAGGGCCAUGACGGAAGAAGAGGACAGCCAGUGCGUCAUCAUCAGCGGCGAGAGCGGCGCCGGCAAGACGGAGGCCUCGAAGCACAUCCAGGGCUACUUCGCUCUUUGUUCUCAAGGUAACAGUGCCGAAGUAGAAAGGGUCAAGAAGGUCUUCCUCGAGUCGAACCCGCUGCUCGAGGCCUUUGGCAAUGCGAAGACGUUGAGAAAUAAUAAUUCCUCACGCUUCGACCUGUGUGGAAAUCAAAUUUUGUUCGUGCUGAAUCGACGCGACGCCUGCUCGAUGGCGUGGCGGUGCCGGUUCCUCACCGCUCGACCGAGCCAGGACGGCCGCGUCAUCGCCGAGAAAUGCACCCGACACACUGGUUGAUUUCCACACAGGUUUCGGCAAGUACUUCGAGCUGCUCUUCGACCGCUUCGGCACGCCGAAGGGCGGCGUCGUGACGAACUACCUGCUCGAGAAGUCGCGGACCGUGAAACCCGGCCAAGGCGAAAGAAAUUUCCACGUGUUCUAUCAAUUAGUCCAGGGCGCGCCUACCGAUGAACGGUCACGGUUGUGCUUGUUAGAUUCAGCAGAAGCGUAUCCCUCAUUAGCGUCGUGUACGUCCGUACAAGGCAUCGACGAUCAGAAGGAAUUUAACGACACCGCCAAGGCCAUGGCCGACGUCGGCCUCGACGACGCGACGGCGGACCUGUCUCUACGAGUAGUGGCAGCUUGCUUAGCUCUGGGAUUACUAUCUUUCAGUCCACUAGCGGUGGGCGACGCGGAAGGCUCCCAAAUCCGAGAGUCCGCGCCGCUCGAGGCGGCCUGCUCCCUGCUCCACCUCGAUCCGACAGCUCUGAAAGACGCGCUAGCGUCCCGAACGCUGGAGACCAUGGCGCCCGGCGGCAAGACGGAGACGUACCAGGUGCCCCUGAACCCGACGCAGGCGUCGCUCGCGCGCGACGCGCUCGUCAAGUCCAUUUAUUCCAAACUAUUUGACGAGCUCGUCGAGCAGGCGCGGGCCCAGCGUAUCUCUAUGAACGCGUCGAUGGCGUCGUCACGAUCGCACGCAGGUCAAUGUAGCAUUAGAUCCAGGCGUGCAGGGCGAGGACGACGAGGAGCUGCUGUCGAUCGGCGUCCUGGACAUCUACGGCUUCGAGAUUUUCGACCGUAAUGGGUUUGAGCAGCUGUCCAUAAAUUUCGUCAACGAAAAACUGCAGCAGAUCUUCAUCGCACUAACUCUGAAAGCGGAGCAGGAGGAAUACGUGCGCGAGGGCAUCGAGUGGAAAGAAGUGAAAUACUUCAACAACAAAGUCGUUUGUGAACUCAUUGAGGCGAAACGGCCUCCCGGUAUCCUACUUGUUCUGGACGACUGCUGCAAGCGCAUGCACUCCAGACCUGGUCCUCAAAUUGAUGCCACAUUCAGAUCUGAUGUGGCCGCUUCCCAGCAACAACACCGGCAUUUCCGACCCUCGAAAACGGGCUUCGUCGUGCAGCAUUAUGCGGGGGACGUCUCGUACGACACGCACGGCUUCGCCGAGUCGAAUCGCGACGAACUGCGGAAUGACUUGUUCGAGAUCCUCGUGUCGUCUUCCGAUAGCUCGCUGACGGCGUUGUACGCCGAGGACCAGCGGGAGCGAAACGAGCGGCAGUCAAGACCCGGGAAAAGGGGCGGGAGUGGCCCGACCGCGGGUCGGAAGAUCCGGGACCAGUGUUCGGAGCUCGUGGCGGCCCUGAUGCAGUGCGAGCCCCACUACGUGAGGUGCGUGAAAACGAACGACGAGAAGCGAGCUUUGUUCUGCGACGACGAGCGCGUGUCGCACCAAUGUAAGUAUCUAGGACUGCCGGAGAACGUGCGAGUGCGACGGGCGGGCUUCGCGUAUCGCACCGAAUAUCAUCGCUUCCUGGAGAGGUUCAAGACUCUGAGCAGAGCGACGUAUCCUCGAGAAUGGACCGGCACUGAUGCAAAUGGCGCCCGAGAAAUCGUGAAGGCGGCCUCGAAGCUCGGCGGCGUUCUCAGCAGCUUGGCGGACGGCAGCGAGACGCAGUUCGGCCGCCACAAGCUCUUCGUCAAGCAGCCCGAGGUCUACGCUCAGCUAGAAAAAGUUCGCGACGAGAAAUUCGCUUCGUACGCGGCCAAGAUCGCCAAGGCCGGUCGGCGAUCUACUGAUUUGAGAGAAUCAGUUCUGUUAUCGCGGGACGUCGCUCGACGGUUUUCAGCUAUCGGGAAGCGUAGAAGGGCGUCUUCCGUCGACCGACCGUACGAGGGCGAGUACUUACAAAGCGAUGACGCGAGGAAGGGUCUGUUAGAUGCCAAGAAGCGCGCCAAGGAUACCUCUAGAAUUGUUUUUAGUGACGAGCAGACCGUGGCCCAAUUAGUGUCUGGUGGUGAGAAAGGUAAGGAGGCCGUCUUCGAGAAGCGAUUGGUGGGAGUGACGCGCGACUGGCUCUACGUCCUGCAGGACCAGGGUCCGGCUUCCAUGCGACGCUAUGUGCUGAAGCGACGCGUACGACUGGAUCAGAUAGAUGCUUUGUUAGUCUCGACCAAGGCCGACGGCAUACUAGUUAUAGGGACCGGACCCAUAACGCAAGUACCGAAGGCCGUGACGAAGGCAUUGAUUACAAGUGGACACUGGGAGGCGAACAAGGACGUCAAGGAAUGUCCUGUGACCGGUAAAAAAUUUGGGGUCUUUGGGGCGAGAAGACAUCAUUGUCGAGCGUCCGGUAAGAUCUACAGUGCGGAAGCGUGCGAACAGCGCCAGACCUUUCCCGAUGACGGGUGGUUCACGCCCGAGCGCGUGCGAGAUGAUUUGUACGGGCUGGAACCCACCGAUCCUCUUGAAGACCUUGUAUUCUACUGCGAAAGGCGGUCGGAGCUCGCCGGGGUCAUCCUGAGGGAGAACUCUUCUACUCGCUUAGUAGCUCGGGACGACGUGCCUCUCCGGAAAGCUGCGCAACUGUCGCGGACGCCUGGGGCUUUGUUGAAAUUCGGGGCUCCGGGCGGCGUCGAGCAUAUGCCACCUUCUACAAUGGUAGAAGGUGAUGCACUCGUAUUGAACGCUCCCGAUGGCGUCUCAGAUCAACAGGCCCAGGCGCGCCGUGAUCGGGCCGACGCGAGACGAGCCGAGCGCGACCGAAGGAGAGCUGCCGAAAGGGAGUUGAGGAAAGAACGCGACGCUCAAAGAGACGCCGCGCGCCAGGAGGAGCGGCGCCGCUUACUAAGGGAGAAAAAAGCUCGAAAGCAGGCGGAACGCGAGGCGCGCGCGCGGGCCGCCGGGGCUAUUAUACCCACUAGAAGGACGGCGAAGACGCGUCGGCAGACUGCUCCGGUUCCCGUGCCGCGCGCGGCGCCGGUCAAGCCCCAGGCGCGCGUCGCGGCGCCCGUCGUGCAGCCGCGCGCGGCCGCGGCGCCUGUCGUGCAGGCGCCGCCCCCGAUUCCGAAGAAGAAGGCCGCGCCGCCGCCCAUGAAGAAGGCCAUUACCGUGCCGCAAGAGGUACUGGAGGGCGAGUUCUACUGGCAGCAUACCGACGGCGAGCAGCGGGGCCCGUCGACGUGGACGGAGUACAAGCAGGCCCAUGCUUCCGGCGAGACGAACGCGGAGUUAUUGGUCUAUUGUGCCGACGUCGCCGACGAGUGGAAGGCGGCCCAGGAAGUGCCGCAGUUGAUGGCUUAUGUGGAGGCGCCGGAGGCCCCGGCCCCCAAGCCUCCCAAGCCUCCGCCGGUGCCGCGCAUGCUGGCCGUGCCCUCUGCAAGAGAGCCAGAACCGGAGCCGGAGCCUUCCAGCGAAUUCGAAGCCUGGGAUGGCGACCCGGACUCGAUCGUGGCGGCGGCGCCGGCGCCUCAGCCCGAGCCGGAGCCCGCGUCUGCUGAGGUGCGCUCGGAGGUGUCCGACCUGACCGACAACACGCCGGCGCCCGUCGCGGCGUCGGCGCCCGUGCGCCAGGCUCCUGUCGUGGCCCAGUUUGAUCCCGGUGUCCUGUCCCUUCCACGCGCGGCGCGUCGAUGGCGUCUGGGCCACGAACACACCCUCACACGUUCACUACGCAGGGCGCCGGCGACGAAGCUCAAGUUCAAGAAACGCGCCGGCCCCGGCGACGGCGAGGCCGGGACCUUCAAGAUCGACAUCAUGGCUGCCGUCUUCGGGUCCUGCAAGUGCGGCAAGCUCAAGGCCGACCAUAUUGGGCCGGACCUCAAGUGCCCUCCCUGCUAGGAGGUGGUGAGAUGUCCUAAGUAUAUAA